AUGUCGAGCAAGAGCCUGCAAGACCUCACACCCAUGGAUGAGAAGGACGAUAUUUUCACCGAGACUGUCACCGCCGUCGACAUCAACCCGGAGCCCGUACACUACACGCGAUGGCAGCGUUUUGUGUCCAGUGUAUGGGACUCACCUCGAGCGUGGCCUGGUUCGCAAGCUCGACUGCGCCAUGCUCUCGGUGCUUUGCUUUGGCUGGCUCAUGAACUCCAGAACGCCUAUGUCAGCGGCAUGAAGGAGGACCUCCAGAUGUUCGGCAAUGAGUAUGUUCGCCUGCUCACCAUCUACAAUGCUGUGUACUGUGCCCUUCAGAUUCCGUCCAACCUCAUCGUCAUGAAGGUUCGCCCCGCGUGGUGGCUUGCUGGGUGCGAGCUCGGGUGGACAGUCUUCACGUUUGCGCAGGCUGCGGCACAGUCGACCAGCCAAGUAUACGCAUUCAGGUUCUUCGUUGCCUUCUUCGAGGCAGCCUUCCAGCCCGUCAGCUACUUCCUGAUCGGUUCGUGGUACACCAAGAAGGAACUCGGCAAGCGGAUGGCCGUCUGGUACUGUUUCAUGCCUGCCGGCCAAGCGUUCAGUGGAUACCUGCAAGCCGCAAUUUUCAAGGGGUUGGACGGCGCGCACGGCAUCGCCGGCUGGCGCUGGCUGUACAUUGUCUGUGGCUGCAUGACGGUGCCGGCAGUUGUCCUGGUGUUCAUUUUCGUGCCCGACUUUCCGUCCACCACAAAGAUCUGGUACCUCAACGACGAGGAGAAGGAGCUGGCCUGCAAGCGCUGCCUUACCAACGGCACCAACCCGCUCGAAGGUGCCCUCAAGCCUGCCGUUUUCAAGGAGAUGUGGCGUCAUUGGCGCAUCUACAUGCUCCCCCUCGGCUACAUCUUCUACGGUCUGUGCGUCCAGGCGUACAACUACUUUGGCAUCUUUCUCAAAUCAGAAAACUUCUCGGUUGAGAUGCGCAACAUUAUCCCAGCAUCUUCCUGGAUUGCGAGCAUUCCCGUCCAGCUGUUCAUCGGUUAUCUGUCCGACCGUCUCGGCACGCGCUUUUGGGUAAUGACUGGUGUCCUGGCCUGCCAGUUGGUGCCAUCCGUCAUCCUCACCGUUUGGCCUGCAAGCACUGGACUCAAAAUCUUUGGCUUCUUUGGCAACCCUCUCUUCUUCAUUACUUCCCUCUACUACACGUGGCUGAGCGAGAUCUGCUCCCACAGUGCAGAGGAGCGUGGCAUGGUCCUCGGCGUCACCAACACGGCGUUCUACGCCUUCAACGCGUUCCUCCCCAACCUCAUAUUUGUGGCGAGCGACAGCCCGUCCUUCCGCAAGGGUUUCCCGACCCUUACCGCAUGCCUUGUGGCCGCCUUUGUGUGCAUUGUCAUUAUUCGUCUCCUGUAUUCUCGACAGCAACGCCGCGAGACACAGGAGCGCUGCGCAGACGAGGAGCGCAACGUCUGA